CUCUCUCUCUUCUGUCUCUGAAAGACUUGCUUGCUCUAAUAAAAGAGUCUGAACUCUGAAGCCUCUUCCUUAUGAGUGUAGUACUACUUUAAGAAACAUGAACUACACACAUCAUAUAUAGAGAGUUAAAGAGGCCACCUUUGUAACAAGGUGGCGCAUGUGUAGAGGUGGAGCGCCACGCCUUGGAGCUUGGCUGAAGUGCGCCCACUUCUUCUUCUUCUUCAAAGAUCAGAGAGAGUGAAAGAGAGAGAGAGACAUGGGUCAAGGACUGAGUUGUGGAACCAACCAUGAACAAGGGCUCUUUAGAGCAGUACAGUUAGGGGAGUUUGAGACUGUGGAGGCUGUGCUGGAGAGAGAACCAGCACUAUUGCACCACACCACUGUGUAUGAUCGUCACUCUGCGCUUCAUAUUGCUGCUGCCAAUGGCCAGAUCAAGAUUCUAUCCAUGCUUUUGGAUCGAUCUGUAAGGCCAGACGUGUUGAAUCGUCAGAAGCAGACUCCGCUAAUGUUAGCUGCAAUGCACGGCAAGAUCUCCUGCGUAAAAAGGCUCCUUGAAGCUGGAGCUAAUAUUUUGAUGUUUGAUUCCCUUCACGGAAGAACCUGUCUGCACUAUGCUGCUUACUAUGGCCAUGAUGAUUGUCUUGAAGCGAUUCUUUCUGCGGCUCAGUCUAGUGCAGUUGCUGCUUCUUGGGGGUUUGUGCGGUUUGUGAAUAUUAGAGAUGGUAGGGGAGCAACACCCCUGCACUUGGCAGCCCGUCAAAGACGGCCUGAAUGUGUACAUAUUCUGUUAGACAAAGGAGCCCUUGUGUGUGCUUCAACCGGUGGAUAUGGCUUCCCUGGAAGCACUCCCCUUCAUCUGGCUGCCAGAGGGGGAUCUCUUGAUUGCAUCCGUGAAUUGUUGGCGUGGGGUGCAGAUCGGCUUCAAAGAGAUGCAUCUGGGAGAAUACCAUUCGUGGUUGCUCUGAAGCACAAGCAUGGAGCUUGUGCAGCGUUGCUAAACCCUUCAUCAGCAGAGCCUCUUGUCUGGCCAUCACCUUUGAAGUUCAUCAGUGAGCUUAAUCAGGAGGCAAAAGCUUUGUUAGAACAGGCCUUGAUGGAGGCAAACAAGGAGAGGGAGAAGAACAUCUUAAAGGGAACUGUGUAUUCCCUUCCUUCUCCAUCCAAUUCUGAUGUUGGGUUAGAGGACAGCAUCUCUGAGGUCAGUGAUACUGAGCUAUGCUGCAUAUGCUUUGAGCAGGUGUGCACGAUUGAAGUCCAGGAUUGUGGCCACCAAAUGUGUGCACAAUGCACAUUAGCCCUCUGCUGCCACAACAAGCCCAACCCAAACACAGCAUGCUUAACACCACCAGUUUGCCCAUUUUGCCGAAGCACCAUUGGCAGACUGGCGGUUGCAAAGAUGAAAAAUUAUGAUGACACCGAUCACGACAUUGGUGACUUCAGUUCUUCCAAGUUAAGAAAGUCAAGGAAAUCCCGGAACUUCAGCGAGGGAAGCAGCAGCUUCAAGGGCUUAUCUUCUGCGGUGGGUACAUUUGGAAAGAUGGGUGGGCGCAGCUCUGGAAGGAUUGCAGCUGAAAAUGAGUGGGUUGAUAAGACUUGAUAGUUGGUGGCAUUUGGUAAUCAAGACUUCAUAUGGUGAUCAAAGGAUUCACUCUUUCUAAUAGUAAAAAGGAAGACCAAAAUUCAAGAGAAAGCCAUCAUGCUGGACCCAUUGGUAUGUAUAGAGAGAAAUCGAUCUGUUAAAUAGAUUUGGGAAAUAAGCAAAGAAGUGAGUUGCAGUUUGGGUUGGUAAGCUUGGUAGUUGGGGGUCAUGUUGUAAUAUUUCUUUACUUGAGACUGAAGAAGUAUUGAUAUUUUUGAGGGUCCUGGUCCUCUUGGAUACCUGAAUUGGUUAAAAAAAAUAAAAAAUUCUUUUUCUUAUUCAAAUCAAAAUUCAACAUUCUUCAGUGGCUGCUCUACUUGUAUAGUUGUGGACUGCUACAGUAGUCUUGGAAACAGUCAAGAUAUGAAUUGGGCUUUGACCCCACUUAGCUCUCUUUCCUUUGAAAGUGAGACUCUUAAAUUGAGAUGUAAUAACUUUUAGUUUCUAUAUUUUAUUUGGUUGUGGAAACUGAAGAAUAAAAAAAUACAAAUAGAGAAAUGCCUUGUUUGGCUGUUGGUUGUCA